ACGAGCACUAAGGGCAUUGGAGACGACGAUGUCUCGCCCCCGCUUCUUUACGGCUCCGCGCAAGGGCGAGAAUUUCGAGCUUCGAGCAGACCUCAAUAGCGAAUACCGAGAUCGUCGAAAGGAUGCCAUCAAGCGUGUGAUUGCCAACAUGACUGUCGGCAAGGACGUCUCCGGCCUCUUUCCCGACGUACUCAAGAAUAUGCAGACGGAGGACCUCGAGCAGAAGAAACUCGUGUAUCUCUACCUCAUGAACUAUGCCAAGACGCAGCCGGAGCUCGUCAUCCUCGCCGUCAAUACCUUUGUAAAGGACUCGGAUGACCCGAACCCCUUAGUGCGGGCGCUUGCGAUCCGAACAAUGUCAUGUUUGCGGGCCGAGAAGAUCAUCGACUACCUUUCCGACCCAUUGCAAAAGGGAUUAAGAGACGAGAGUCCGUACGUGCGCAAGACGGCGGCCAUCAGCGUAGCAAAGCUAUACGAGAUGAAGCCAGAGCUUGCAGUUGAAAACGGGUUUGUGGGGACGUUGAGGGACAUGGUAGGAGAUUCGAAUCCGAUGGUGGUGGCGAAUGCUGUUACGGCAUUGACAGAUAUUCACAAAACGGCCUGCGAGGUGGAUCCCUCGGGCAAGUCGUCGAUCUUUAUCAUCGAUGGCGCUGUGCUCAGCAAGCUCCUCAUCGCUCUCAACGAGUGUACGGAGUGGGGGCGAAUCGCCAUCUUGAGUAGUCUGGGGAGAUAUCGCACCGCGCCUGGUCCAGAGGGGGAAAAGGAGGCCGAGCACAUCUGCGAGAGGGUCAUGCCACAAUUCCAACAUGCAAACGGAAGCGUCGUCUUGAGCGCAGUCAAGGUCAUCUUGAUCCACAUGGACAGAAUAAACAAGCAAGAAUUUGUCAAGCAGCUGGUUCGAAAGAUGGCUCCUCCCUUAGUAACAUUGGUCUCAUCGGCGCCCGAGGUGCAGUGGGUGGCAUUGCGCAACAUCAAUCUGAUCCUGCAAAAGCGACCCGACGUGCUCUCGUCGGAGCUGCGCAUCUUCUUCUGCAAGUACAAUGACCCCAGCUACGUCAAGCUCGAAAAGCUCGAGAUCAUGAUCAAGCUGGCGAAUGAGCGGAACGUUGACAUGCUCCUCAGCGAGCUCAAGGAGUACGCAUCAGAGGUCGACGUGGACUUUGUCAGGAGGGCUAUCCGUGCCAUUGGGCAGUGUGCCAUCAAGAUCGACACGGCAGCUGAACGAUGUGUGCAUGUGCUCCUCGACCUUAUUGCGACGAGGGUCAGCUACGUGGUGCAAGAGGGUGUUGUCGUCAUCAAGGACAUCUUCCGAAAGUACCCUCAAAACUACGAGGGCAUCAUCCCGACGCUCUGCUCUAAUCUGCAAGACCUCGACGAGCCAGAGGCCAAGGCGUCGCUCAUCUGGAUUCUGGGCGAGUACGCGGAAAAAAUCGACAAUAGUGACGAGCUCCUGGGUCUGUUCCUCGACAACUUCCUCGACGAGCAGUACCAGGUGCAAUUCCAAACAUUGACAGCCAUCGUCAAGCUCUUCCUCAAGCGGCCCGACGGCGCCCAAGGCAUUGUUCAGCGCGUGCUCGAGCUAGCGACGAAGGAAUGUGAUAACCCAGACCUGCGAGAUCGCGCCUUUGUCUACUGGAGACUUCUCAGCAGCAGCGAUGCCGGCGCUGGAAAGUCGGUCGUUCUUGCGGAGCGGCCUCCCAUCUCGAUUCCCCUCACUUCUGUCCCUCCUGCUCUGCUCGAGGAGCUCGUGUCCGAUCUUUCGUCGCUGGCGUCUGCGUACCACAAGCCUGAGUCGACCUUUAUCGGUAGGGGGCGGCUUGGUGCCGAUGCGCUCAGCAGGAAGCGGGAUGAGAUUACGAGGGAGAAGGCACUCGCGACUGUUGUGCAGGGCCAAGCGGCCGAGAAUCUUCUCGAUUUCGGAGACGACGACGAAGGCGCUUCGCAGAGCCAGCCCAUCUCAGCAGGUGCUGCUGGCGGGCUUGGAGGGCUGGGCGAUCUCAUGAUGGACGACGGUGGUGCGCAGAGCGGCAGUGUUGGUGGUGGUGCUGCUUCUGGUGCGAAUUCGGCAGGAGCAGGGCAGCUCUCAGACCUCCUCGGUCUGUUUGAUGCCGCUCCAGGAUCAAAGGCCCCGGGAGCCCAGUCGGGUCUGGACGCCCUCUCGGCGCUUCCUGCCGCCCCAUCUCACUCCCCUAUGGCAUCGACAUUUGCCAAUGGCUCGGCCCCGCCGGCUGCUCAGCGACAGCAACACAGCAAUAGUGGUGGGGGAGAUCUUCUGGACCUUUUGUAGAGGCAGUAAACAACAUCAUCAAUGCGUAAUCAAACAUUGUGAUCGAGACCAGU